CUUCAUCGCCCAAUGACUUUUGACCAAGACACUGCCAGCUUCUCUCAAUGGCUCACCUUACAUCGGGUAGAGCUCUCCUCAAAGGUCCUGAUUGCAGACCUCAGGGCGCUGUACCAAGGCAGAGGCGUGGUUGCGCUCGAAGAUAUCGCCGAAGACGAGGUUGUGUUUUCGAUUCCCAGAAGCGCCAUCCUCAACGUCGAAACCAGUGCUCUCUCGAGCUUGAACGGAAACAGAGAUGUUUUAGCUGGCCUUGGUCAGUGGGAAGCCUUGAUUUUAGUCUUGUUGUACGAACAGUCGCUCGGCGCGGCGUCCAACUGGGCCAGCUACUUCGGCGUCCUUCCGACCGAGUUCAGCAGUCUCAUGUACUGGAGUGACGCAGAAUUGGCAUUGUUAGAACCAUCGUUGGUGGGCAACCGAAUUGGUAAGGACUCAUCGGUCGAAAUGUACGAGAGGCUCUUCCCUGCGGUCGUGGAGGCGUUGGGGGUCGCUGCCCAGAUCGGUAGUACUACCAUUGAAGACUUCCAUAAGAUUGGCAGUCUCAUCAUGGCUUAUUCCUUUGACUGCCAGAAACCAGAUUUUGGUGAAGAUGAAGACGACGAGGACGACGAGGACGAGUACCUCAAGUGCAUGGUUCCAUUGGCGGACACCUUGAAUGCGGAUACCACCCUUGCCAACGUCAAUUUGAUGAGCACGCCCGAAGAGUUAGUGAUGAAGAGUGUGAAGGCAAUUAGCAAGGGCGAGCAGAUCUACAACACUUACGGUGACCAUCCCAACGCAGAGAUCUUGAGGAGAUACGGGUACGUUGAAUGGUCCGGUUCUAAGUUUGACUUUGCCGAAAUCCCGUUAAACAGUAUCAAACAGGUUUUUGUAGACGAAGGAGCAUUGACUGAGAAGUUCUGGGAGACCAUGUUGCACACCAUCGCCGACACAGAGCUCGAAGAAAUUGAUGAGGAGGUGGUGUUGGAAGCGUACGAUUGUUACAACGACGGGACCGUGUUGCCAGAGCUUUUCCUUCUUCUCCAGGUAGCCACUCUUGCUAACCAGAUCGCCUCCAGCGAUAAGAGUAUCUUGGAGCAGAAGUCAAAGGACACCCGUGCCUAUGUCAACCGCAUCUUGAAGAAGUGCUGCCAGUUGGUGGAGAGCGGUAAGUUGACUCAGAGCGUGGAGGCGGUGUGGGCCAAGUUACUCACCACCAGAUUAGCCAACUAUCCUCAGGUGUUGGUGCAGGCCCCUGCUUUUGUGACACCAGAAGACGUCACCAGUAAGCAAGCCAUCAGCCAGUGUAUCCACCGGUCUGAAAUCAAUUCGCUCAACGCGUGCGGUGCGCCGUUCAGCGACUUCAAGUUCAUCGAGGAUGAGAAGAUGAUCAAGGCAAUCACUGCGAAGCGAGAAAUCGAAUCCAAAGAGACCAGAAAAUCCAAGAAGCAGAGACGGUAAGGGUUUAAAAAUAUUUAGUGUCUUUUACCUAGGAGUUUUGUAGUAAUAAAUAGUCCUGGAGGUGAGGAAAAGAGGUCCGGGGAGUAUAAUUGGGCUCUAUAAGAAACUUAAAGUAUCUGGUCUGGUGAUGCCCGAUUGAAACUAUUUUCUCUGGAACAUUGCUCGAAUUUUUUUUUUUUCUAGGGAAUACAAAGCGUU